CAUCAAACCAAUCCAUUUUUUCUGCUCUCUCUCUUCUUUCUUCUCUCUCACACUCACAUUCGUACACAUCUUGGCUUUGAUUUGAGGGGAUUGUAGGGUGAGAAAAUGGGGAGGAAGUGCUCACAUUGUGGAACCAUAGGGCACAAUUCAAGGACUUGCACAUCUUUGAGAGGCAGCACUAGCACUAGUUUCGUAGGACUUCGCCUCUUUGGCGUGCAAUUAGACACGUGUGUUGCCAUCAAGAAAAGCUUUAGCAUGGAUUCCUUACCCUCUUCCUCAUUCUCUUCAUCAAGAAUAACAACCAUUGAUGAUAGCUCUGACCGAACCUCUUUUGGCUAUCUAUCAGAUGGCCUCUUAGGUCGACCCCAAGAGAGGAAAAAAGGAGUGCCAUGGACAGAAGAGGAACACCGAAUAUUCCUUAUUGGACUUGAGAAGCUUGGAAAGGGUGACUGGAGGGGAAUCUCUAGAAACUUUGUGACAACAAGAACCCCAACACAAGUUGCAAGCCACGCUCAGAAGUACUUUCUUCGACUCGCAACUUUAAAUAAGAAGAAGCGACGUUCAAGUCUCUUUGACUUGGUUGGUAGCAACAACGCCAACGUGGGUAGUUCAAAUUCAGUUUCGGCUCAUCAAAAUAAUGAUGAGUCUAAAUGUGAAGUUAAAAAUAGUGAUGCCACUUUGUCGUUGCUAGGGCGUAUAACCUGCUCUGAGCAAGAAACCAAAUCAGAAGAAAAAUUUGACAAUUGCACUCAUAAAAUUGAAGCAGAUGCAGAACUUGAAGAUGUUCCUAAUCUGGAGCUCACUCUUGCAGCCCCCAAAGAAAGGAGCCUGCAGGAACAAAACAAAUCAUCCCCUUCUGCUUCAUUCUUGCUUGGGCCAAUUAGCGUCACUUAAACUAUCAUGUAUUAUAUAUAUAUAUUAAUGUUUUAGCUAGGAAUGUACCCUUUUAUCUGUUGUCAAGUGUCAACUCAUGUAGAAGAUCACCUGAUCAAAGAAACACAUUGUUCUUUGAAGUAAUAGUAGUGAGUAGUCGUCAUUAAUUAGUCCCAAA